AUGUUAGGAGGAGCCACGAGCUCGGCUAGCAAUGGCGCUAGACCUGUAGCCUCUGGUUCGCCCCACAUUCGUGGUCCAAGAGAUAUUAUGAGAGAUAGACAAGCUCGCGAAGCUCGAAAAGCAUCUGAAGCGUCGGAACAAAAAGCCCGAGUCGCCGAACAAAAAAGAAAUGAGGAAGAAUUAAUGCGUCAAGCUGAGAGAAGAGCAGCUGCUGGCGCUGCAGCACAAAGACUCGAAGAGCAAGGACAACCACGAAUUUCGAGUAAUUCCCAAAGAAUAGAUCGAAGAGCCGCAGAUCGAGCAACAAGUGGCGGAGAAAGUAUCAGACCAGUCGAUCAACCAAUGCAAAGACGUGGAACAACAUCAAGAACUCCUACAGGUCCUGAAAUUGCACCACUCAGAUUACCAAUGGCGCAACCAAAACCCGCCGAGACUGGUGCAAGUCAACCAAAUUUAGCUACUGGAGCCGGUCCAGCUCAACCACCGCCUUUGACCGUUCCAAGCCGUGAUGGCCCAACUCGAUCAUCGUUUCCGCAUGCAUUCGAGCGCUGGGAGACUCUCUCUGCACAUUGGGAGGGACUCACAAGUUUCUGGCUGCGCAGACUUGAAGAAAAUUCCUCGGAAAUUAAUCGCGAUCCAUUGUCACAGCAGUUGUCCCGACAAAACACUGAUUUAUCAGCUGCUGGCGCAAAUCUCUUCCAUGCUGUUGUCGAAUUACAACGUUUACGAGCUUCCUCUGAGCGCAAAUUUCAGAGGUGGUUUUUUGAGACAAGAGAACAGGAGGAACGUGCGACAGAGAACUUGGCAGUUAUGGCAAAACAAUUGGAGGAUGAGCGUAAUUCCAGAGCUCAAGCUAUUCAGGACGCCGUUGAGGCAUCCAGGCGCAAAGAUCAUUCUGAUAAAGUAAUAUCUGAGUUGAAGAGAGAGUUGGAGAUUGCUAGAAGUGAGGCUCGUAGAGCAUGGGACGAACUUGGUCGUCGUGAGACGGAGGAACGCGAACGAACAAUCUCUUUGCGAGAAGGUCAGCCAACCUUGUUGGGUGGAGUCCAGGUUGUUCCAAUGAUCCAGGGUGUACCAAGUCGUCAUGGAAGCACAGCUGCUCGAGAUCUUCCUCCAACAAGACAAGGAGGUCCUUCUGAUUCUGGAAGCGGGAGCGGAAGUGCGCGCACAGGAGGUCGAUUCGCAGAUCCUGAGAGCCCAGCUGGAUCGAAUGAAGCUUACCAACAAUAUCAGCGCUCUCAACGUGCAGAACCAGCUGAUCCAUUCAUUGACAAUGUUCGUCAACGUCGAGGAGCUGCUACAACAUCCGCCCCAUCGUCAUCUCAAGCACCAGCCGUACAACCUGCCUCCCCAAGUGCUUACUACCAACAACCUGAAGGUCGUCCAAGUACUCAGGCCGGCAGGACCGAAGGACAGUAUGAUGGAUCGAACAGUGAUGAGGAAUAUGAGGUUGAUGAGCAAGGAAGAUACGUUCUUGACGCUGCUGGGAACAGAAUUCCAUACUCAAAUGACGAUUCUGAUGAUGAUACGGCUGAGUAUGAGCACAGUCCUCGCCAACACCGCCAAGGUCGUGCUCCAGUUACUGGACCCCCAAUCCCAAUGGCUGGCGUUGAGUACGGACAAGGUCCCACAAGCAGCACAGCCGGUAAUCCAACUUCUGCCCCCGCUGCCUCAGUCGAUUACACAGGAUCAGGAUAUGGUGCAGGUGGCUCAGGUGCAGGCUGGGAGUCCUUUCCUCGUCAUCAUCAUCCAACUCGUCUCAGUGAUGUUUUGGAAGAAGAUGAGAGAAGCCGUACUAGUGCUAGCCAAGUCAGCCGACGCGAAUAG